UCCUCGUCUCCCAUCGCGUGGUGGAAACCAUGGCUAAGGGCCUGGCACUGUCGUCUUCGCCGCGUGCCAGGUUCCGCCAUGGCUGCGCGCUGAUGGCCGUCGUGCUGCUAGCAGAGGCCGUGCUGGGGCGUGGCAGCUCGGCAGCCGGGUCGUGCGACCUGUUCCAGGGCCGGUGGGUGGCGGACGCGUCGUACCCAAUGUACGACGCCGCGAGCUGCCCCUUCGUGCCGGACGUCUUCGACUGCCGCCGCAACGGCCGGCCGGACUCCACCUACCUGAAGCUCCGGUGGAGCCCCGCCGGCUGCCGCCUCCCGAGGUUCGACGGGCUGGACUUCCUGCGGCGGUGGCGCGGGAAGACGGUGAUGUUCGUGGGGGACUCGCUGAGCAUGAACCAGUGGGCCUCGCUCGCCUGCAUGCUCCACGCCGCCGCGCCGGACCCCGCCCGCGUCUCCUUCACCAAGGGCGACCCCGUCUCCUCCGUCCGCUUCGAGGACUACGACCUGUCGGUGGUGCUCUACUUCAGCAGGUUCCUGGUGGACGUCGCCGAGGUGGACGGCGGCCGCGUCCUCAAGCUCGACUCGAUGCAGGCCGCGUCGUCCUGGCUAGGCGCGCACCUGCUCGUCUUCAACACCUGGCACUGGUGGACCUACAGGGGCGCGAGCCAAGUAUGGGACUACAUGCAGGAGGGGAACAGAACGUACCGCGACAUGGACCGGCUCGCCGCCUUCACCAAGGGCCUCUCCACCUGGGCGAGCUGGGUGGACGCCAACGUCGACACGGCGCUCACAAGGGUCGUGUACCAGGGCGUCUCCCCGAGCCACUACAUGUCCAAGGAGCAGGAGACCGACGGGGCGGCGCCGGCGUCGGGGGGCUGCUUCCAGCAGACGCGGCCGCUGCAGGUAACCACGGACGGCGACGAGGCGGCGUUCCCGGAGCAGGUGGUCGUGCGGGGGAUGAUCGCCUCCAUGUCGACGCCGGUGUCGCUGCUGGACGUCACCGCGCUCUCGCAGCUCAGGAUCGACGCGCACCCGUCGGUGUACGGCGGGCCUGGGCGCGACGGCAUGGACUGCACGCACUGGUGCAUCGCCGGCCUGCCCGACGCCUGGAACCACAUCCUCUACGCCAUGCUGCUCGACCAAAGAUGAAGCAGCUUAAGCUGGCUCCGUGUCGCCUUAUCGACUGAC